AUGUCUACCAAGCGAUAUGCAGAAAGUGUUGCAUCAUCAGGUGGGAUGGCUUUUGACACAAACGGUAGGCUGCAGACGGACGUAACCCCGGGAUCCUCCCGUGAGUCCGGCGGACUGUUGCCACCGGGUCAUAAUGACCUGUUUUCAGCUGGUAGUCAGGCCGCUCCUCUGAGGCCUGGCCUGUUGUUUACCGCCGCUAAGGGAACACACGGGCGCCCAGACGUUCAGCUCUGCCAUUUCACUCUGAGAGGAAUAUUUUGCAACAAUGCCAUUUACACCCUUCAGUGCGUCAAGUCACGAUCGAUCGCCAUAUACGGUGUUUUCGCGAUAUUAGAUGUCGUAAUCCUUCCGAUAGUCUUUAUUGUUUUCUCUUACGCAAAAAUCCUGAUCAUUUCUUAUAGGAGUUGUAAGGACGUGAGGAAAAAAGCUGCUGAGACUUGUUUACCCCACUUAUUUGUUUUAUUCAGCCUGACUUGUUUGAGCGUGUACGACAUAAGUAUUGUUCGCGUUGACUCCGAUUUCCCCAAAACGGCGCGAAAAAACCUCCACGAGCCCAUGUACGUUUUCAUCGCAGCUUUGCUGCUGAACUCUGUCGCUUUCAGCACCAACAUCUACCCCAAGCUGCUGGCAGACUUUCUGUCCCAUAAACAGAACUCCAAAGUUCGGUCUGUGUUUGGUGCUUUUGCUUUGAUCAUGACCGCCCUCUUCCCUCUGCUCUUCAUAGUUUUUACUUACACCAGGAUACUUGUGAUAUCCUACCGAAGCUGCAAAGAAGUGAGAACCAAAGCAGCCCAGACAUGUUUGCCCCACCUGCUGGUUUUAAUCAGUUUUUCCUGUCUGUGUGCGUUUGAUGUCAUUAUAGUCCGACUGGGAUCCAAAUUUUCAAAGGUUGUGCUCUUCAUAAUGACUUUGCAGUACCUUUUGUAUCACCCUCUGUUCAAUCCUAUAAUCUAUGGGCUGAAAAUGAAGGAAAUUUCUAAACACUUGAAAAGGUUGUUCUGCCAAACUAAAAAAAACCUCCACGAGCCCAUGUACGUUUUCAUCGCAGCUUUGCUGAUGAACUCUGUCGUGUUCAGCGCCAACAUCUACCCCAAGCUGCUGGCAGACUUUCUGUCCUAUAAACAGGUCACGUCGUGGUCAGCCUGUCUCUUGCAGUUCUUUAUGUUUUACACUUUAGGAGCUUCGGAGUUCUUGCUGCUGGCAGCCAUGGCCUACGACAGGUACGUGUCCAUAUGCAAACCUCUGCAAUAUCCCACCAUUAUGACCAAAACCACCGUGAAUAUCUCCCUUAUUUUAGCUUGGCUCUUGCCUGCUUGUCAGAUUGCCGUGCAAGUAAUAUUGAGUUCUAACAUGAAACUUUGCAGAUCUAAUCUGAAUGGAAUAUUAUGUAACAAUGCAAUUUACAGUCUUCAUUGUGAGAACUCCCAAGUUCGGUCAGUGUUUGGCUUUUUUAUCUUGAUCAUGACCGCCCUCUUCCCUCUGCUCUUCAUAGUUUUUACUUACACCAGGAUACUUGUGAUAUCCUAUCGAAGCUGCAAAGAAGUGAGAAAGAAAGCGGCGCAGACAUGUUUGCCCCACCUGCUGGUUUUAAUCAGUUUUUCCUGUCUGUGUGCGUUUGAUGUCAUCAUAGUCCGACUGGGAUCCAACUUUUCAAAUGUUUUGCGCUUGAUAAUGACCGUGCAAGUCAUUUUGUAUCACCCUCUCUUCAAUCCUAUCAUCUAUGGGCUGAAAAUGAAGGAAAUUUCUAAACACUUGAAAAGUGCGACCAUUUUGUACCUAAUCUGUGUCCACAGAAGCCUCCAUGAACCCAUGUACGUCUUUAUUGCAGCUUUGUUGCUCAACUGCUCUAUUUACAGCACAACUGUUUAUCCAAAGCUUCUGAUUGACUUUUUAUCUGAGAAACAGGUCAUCUCGUACUCAGCCUGCCUCUUCCAGUUUUUCAUGUUUUACUCCAUAGGCGGUUCAGAGUUCUUACUUCUGGCGGCCAUGUCUUAUGACAGGCAUGUUUCGAUAUGUAAACCUCUGAGCUAUCCGACUAUAAUGGGAAAAAACACCGUGGCUGCUCUCCUGGUUCUGGCAUGGUUUAUACCUGGUUGUCACAUCGCAGUGCAGGCCAUCCUGAGUGCUCAGGCCAAAUUGUGUAACUCUGAUUUAAAAGGAAUAUUCUGUAACAACGUCAUGUACAAGCUUCAGUGUGAAAGGUCCAGAGCUCUGACUCUAUUUGGUGUUGUUGCUUUAUUGGAUAUUGUAGUACUUCCUGUAAUCUUCAUGUUUUUUACCUACACGAAGAUAUUCAUCGUAUCCUUUCAAAGCGGAAAGGCGUUCAGGAGAAAGGCUUUUGAGACCUGCUUCCCCCACCUGCUGGUUCUGAUUAGUUUUACCUGUUUGAUGGCUUAUGAUGUGAUCAUAGCUCGAGUAUUCCUGUGUGCUCAGGCGAAGUUAUGUAGCCACAGUUUCAAAGGAAUCUUUUGUAAUAAUUCCAUUUUGACUUUGCUGUGUGAAAGAUCAAAACUUCUGACUGCAUUUGGUGUUGUUACUUUAUUGGAUGUUGGAAUACUUCCUGUGCUCUUCACAGUUUUUACUUACACAAAAAUAUUUAUAAUAUCUUAUCAAAGCUGUAAAGAAUUCAGAAGAAAGGCUUUUGAGACCUGUCUACCUCAUCUCUUGGUUUUAAUCGGCUUCACGCUUUUUUCUUCAUACGAUGUGUUUAUAGCUCGAGUGGAAUCAGAUUUUCCACAAAUAGCUCGAUUUGUGAUGACACUACAGAUAAUUCUGUACCAUCCUCUCUUUAAUCCAUUCAUCUUGAUAAUGUGCAGCAAUGCUACUAUUGUGUACCUAAUCUGGGUCCACAAAAGCCUCCAUGAACCCAUGUACAUCUUCAUAGCGGCUUUGUUGUUUAACAGCGCUCUUUACAGCACAACUGUUUAUCCAAAGCUUCUGAUUGACUUUUUAUCUGAGAAGCAGGUCAUCUCCUUCUCUGCCUGCAUCUUCCAGUUUUUCAUGUUUUACUCUAUCGGUAGUUCAGAGUUCUUACUUCUGGCGGCCAUGUCUUAUGACAGAUACGUGUCGAUAUGUAAACCCCUGAGCUAUCCGACCAUAAUGGGAAAAAGCACCGUGACUGCUCUCCUGGUUCUUUCGUGGCUGGUAUCUGCUUGUCACAUCGCAGUGCAGGCGAUCCUGAGUGCUCAGGCCAAAUUGUGUAACUCUGAUUUAAACGGAAUUUUCUGUAACAACGUCAUGUACACGCUUCAGUGUGAAAGGUCCAGAGCUCUGACUGUAUUCGGUGUCAUUUGUUUAUUGGAUCUCGUGAUAUUUCCAAUGCUCUUCACAGUUUUUACCUACACGAAGAUAUUCGUGAUAUCUCACAGGAGCUCUAAAGAAUUCAGAAAAAAGGCAGUGGAGACCUGCUUGCCCCACCUGUUGGUUUUGAUGGGUUUUGCUCUUUUUUCCUCGUACGAUGUGGCUAUAGCUCGAGUCAAAUCAGACUUACCUAAAACCGCACGACUGAUCAUGACUUUGCAGAUAGUUCUGUACCAUCCUCUCUUCAAUCCGUUCAUAUAUGGGACAUUGAUGGAUACCUUAAAUGCCACAGACAUAACCAUAAGUGGAUAUGUGGACAUUGAAAAAUACAGAUAUGUAUAUUUUUCUCUCAUGCUAACAAUCUAUGUUUUGAUAUUAUGCAGCAACUCGACUAUUUUGUACCUGAUCUGGGUCCACAAAAGCCUCCAUGAACCCAUGUACAUCUUCAUAGCAGCCGUGUUGUUUAACGGCGCUCUUUACGGCACCGUUAUUUAUCCAAAGCUUCUGAUUGACUUUUUAUCUGAGAAACAGGUCAUCUCAUUCUCUGCCUGCAUCUUCCAGUAUUACAUGUUUUACACUGUUAGCGGUUCGGAGUUCUUGCUGUUGGCGGCCAUGUCUUAUGACCGAUAUGUGUCCAUAUGUAAACCUCUGAGAUAUCCGACUAUAAUGGGAAAAACCAGGGUGAUUCUUCUCUUGUCUUUUUCAUGGCUGUUGUCCGGUGCUUUUACUGCAGUGCAGACAAUUGUGACUGCUAAAACUAAAUUAUGUUCCUUUGACUUCGAAGGAAUAUUCUGUAACAAUGCCAUGUACACACUUCAGUGUGUGAGACCGAAGGUUCUGACUAUAUUCGGGGUCUUUUGUUUAUUGAAUCUUGUCAUAUUUCCAGUGCUCUUCACAGUUUUUACCUACUCAAAGAUAUUCCUAAUAGCCAUUAAAGGCUGUAAGGAGUUCCGGAGAAAGGCUUUUGAGACCUGCUUCCCCCACCUGCUGGUUUUGAUCUGUUCUACCUGUGUGAUGGCUUAUGACACGAUUAUGGCUCGAGUGGAUUCAGAUUUACCGAAAACUGCGCGCUUAAUAAUGUCAUUGCAAGUAGUUUUAUACAACCCUCUGCUUAAUCCAUUCAUAUAUGGGCUCAAAAUGAAAGAGAUAUCCAGACACCUAAAAGGGUUGUUCUGUCGGCCUAAACGGUUCCGAUAUCUUUAUUUCGUUGUCAUGUUCACUGCUUAUGUUCUAAUCCUUUGCUGUAAUUCUACCAUUGUUUAUCUCAUUGUUAUUCACAAAAACCUCCACGAGCCGAUGUACAUUUUUAUUGCAGCCGUGCUGUUCAACUCUGUUCUUUUCAGCACUAAUAUCUACCCGAAGCUGUUGGUUGACUUUCUAUCGGAGGAACAGAUCAUCUCCCAUCGUGCUUGCAUCUAUCAGGCUUUUACGUUUCAUGUCCUGAGCAUUUCAGAGUUUUUGCUCCUUGCAGCUAUGUCCUAUGACAGAUUUGUGUCUAUAUGCAAACCUCUGCAGUAUCCAGCCAUCAUGAGAAGGUCCACUGUGGGCACUUUGCUGGUACUAGCUUGGAUUGUUCCCACCUGUCUUGUUGCAGUACCAGUGAUACCAACUUUUAAUAAGAAAAUCUGCAGUUUUACUUUGAAAUCGUUUUUUUGCAACAGUGUAGUCGGGGGUCUGUUCUGUAGCACUUCGUCAGCAUCAUCUAUUUAUGCUCUGAUCGUUUUUUCAAGCGCUGGACUUUUCCCAAUGCUUUUCAUUCUCUUUACGUACGCAAGGAUAUUGUUUGUAGCCUACAAGAGCAGUGCAGAAGUCAGGAAAAAAGCCUCUCAAACCUGUGUGCCUCAUCUGCUAGUUUUGAUCAAUUAUUCCGUGUUACUUACCUAUGAUGUCAUUUUGAUAAGAGGGGAAUAUGAUUUCCCACAAGUCGCACAACUGGUAAUGACCCUGCAAAUAAUAACUUAUCAUCCUCUUUUUAAUCCACUCAUUUAUGGGCUAAAGAUGACGGACAUUUCUAAACAUCUGAGAAAGCUGCUGUGUCAGGCCAAAGUGAAAUACAGAAGCCUUUAUUUCUUUUUGAUGUUAACAGUGUAUAUUCUAAUAAUUUGUUGUAAUACAGUCAUUGUGAGUCUCAUCGUUAUUCACAAAAGUCUCCACGAGCCCAUGUACAUUUUCAUUGCAGCUUUGUUAAUCAACUCUGUUCUUUUCAGCACAAAUAUCUACCCAAAGCUUUUGAUCGACUUUCUAUCAGACAAACAGAUGAUAUCCUAUCAAGCUUGUCUCGUUCAGGUUUUUGCAUUUUACACCUUAAGCUGUUCGGAACUGGACUCUAACCUGCCAAAAACUGCACGUUUGAUAAUGACUGUACAGAUAGUGACGUAUAAUCCUCUCUUCAAUCCAAUCGUAUAUGGACUGAGGAUGAAGGAAAUUUCCAGACAUUUGAAGGAAAUUGUUUUCAGGAGCAAAAAAAGUUGCUGCGUCCAGUCCAAGACAACUAAGUUUAAUAUAACAUAUAUCAUUUUUGGUGGACAUGUUGAAGUGCAGCGAUACGGAUAUCUUUAUUUUCUGAUCAUGUUAUUUGUUUAUGUGCUCAUAAUCUUCUUGAAUGGCUCCAUUGUAUGUUUGAUAGUUGUGCACAAAAACCUCCACGAGCCCAUGUACAUUUUCAUUGCAGCUUUGUUAAUCAACUCUGUUCUUUUCAGCACAAAUAUCUACCCAAAGCUUUUGACUGACUUUCUAUCAGACAAACAGAUGAUAUCCUAUCAAGCUUGUCUCGUUCAGAUUUUUGCAUUUUACACCUUAAGCUGUUCGGACACGGUUGUCUUCCCGAAGCUUUUGACCGACCUGCUAUCUGAAAGGCAGAUUGUUUCUUUUUCGGCUUGUUUAUUCCAGAGUUUCAUGUUUUACUCUUUAGGAUCCUCAGAAUUUCUUCUGCUGACAGUCAUGGCAUUCGACAGAUAUGUUUCUAUAUGUAAACCUCUGCAAUAUCCAGUUAUCAUGCCAAAAAAGAUGGUUAGUACCCUUUUAUUUUGUUCUUGGACCAUACCUGCUUUUCACAUGAGUGUUUUAAAGAUGGCUGUGAUGACUUCUAAUUCAAAGCUGUGCAGUUUUUCCCUUAAAGGAAUAUUUUGUGUUGGUCGACUAUAUAAUCUACUGUGUGAGUACUCAUUAGCAUUAGCUGUUUAUCCUACAGUCAUUCUCAUUAACGUUGUCGUUCUCCCUGCGCUCUUGAUAUUCUUUUCAUACAUCAAAAUACUCAUAAUUUCAUACAGAAGCUCUAAAGAAGUCAGAAGAAAAGCUGCACAGACCUGCUUGCCUCAUCUGUUAGUUUUAAUCAGCGUCUCAUGUUUGGUUUCUUCUGAUAUAACCGUAAAUACACUUGUAUCUGAAUUUUCAAAGACUGUCAAUUUCGUUACUUCAUUGCAGAUUAUCACUUAUCAACCACUCUUUAAUCCAAUCAUAUACGGGUUAAAAAUGCAGGAAAUUUAUAAAUACCUGAAGAAACUGCUCUGUAGAGCCAGAGGACGUCGUAUUUCUGAACUUUUACUGCUGACAGUCAUGUCCUUUGACAGAUACGUGUCUAUAUGUAAACCUCUGCAAUAUCCAACGAUCAUGACAAAAAGGACUGUUGGUAUUCUCUUGGCUUUAGCUUGGAUUAUACCUGCGUUUUGCAUGAGCUGGUUUGAGAUGGUUUUACUGAAUUUCUCUAAGCAAAUCUGCAGAUUUUCUCUGGACAGUAUCUAUUGUGAUAGCCAACAUUACAGUCUUCUCUGUGUGCAGUUAGGAUUACUAGAUAUACUGACAAUGAUCAUACUGAUCAAUAUUGUUCUUCUCCCUGUUAUUUUAAUAUGUUUUUCAUAUACCAAGAUAAUAAUAAUAUCAUAUCGCAGUUGUAAAGAGGUCAGGAGAAAAGCUGCACAGACCUGUUUGCCUCAUUUGUUAGUUUUAAUCAGCUAUUCUUGCUUAGGUGCAUCUAAAGUGUUUGCGGUUUUAUUUGAAUCGGAUUUAUCGAAGACUGCAAAUUUGAUAAUCAGUUUACAGAUAGUGAUGUACAACCCCCUCUUCAAUCCAAUCAUAUACGGGCUGAAAAUGAAAGAAAUUUCCAAACAGAUCAAAAAGCUGCUUUGGACUUUGUUACUGAACUCUGCUCUUUUCAGCACAGUUGUCUUUCCAAAACUCUUGAUUGACCUUCUGUCGGAAAGGAGGACGGGCUCUUUUGUAAUAGCCAACUUUACAAUAUUCUCUGUGCACGUGCACUAG